UAAUUUUCACAUAUUAUUAUUUAAACCAACAAUAAAAUUUAUUAAUAUUGUAUAAUAUUUUGUGUUAUAAACUUAUAAUUUUUAAGUUAAAUAUUCAUGGAGUGCGGCAAUGAAUUGUCCGGUGGUUAUUUUUCGGAAUCGAUUAAUAUUAGACGUUUUAAGACGGAAAACGCUUAUGAAAUGCCUCCAAUUAAAGUGUCCAAAGUCACUGAACGUAAGAUAUUUGCAAAAAUUCAGUCAAUCAAUCCAAAUGCUGAUAUUGCAAGUCUCCGGGAAGAAAUUAAACUUUGUGAAGCCAAGCUGGAAAAAUUAAAUUUUCAAGACUUUUUUGAUUCCCCCGAUUGCCUAAAUGCACAAUGCCUUUUACCUAUUUACGAUACUGAUGAUGGUGAUCUCGAAACACUAAAAAAACCCAAAGGUGACUUAUAUCAAACUAAGAGAACAAGGAUGUAUUCACCUCUUCCGAAAUUCUCUCCUCAUGGCAUUAUAGUUCCAGGCCAGACAGUAUUAAUUUCCAUUUCAGUAUACUAUCCAUUUCAUUGGGCAAGCGAUCAAAAUCCAGACGAAGCUGUUAUCCCACGUUUUAAUAGUGUGAUUCAAUUUCAUGAAACUCAAACUCUUCGGGAUAUCAAACAAGCAAUCAAAUGUGAAAAUGAGGACAGUGAAAUUAGUGGUGACAUAAGUGAAAGUACUCACAAACCUUUUGAGUAUUUAAACAACUCGGAUUUAAAACAUGGAUUAAUCUACAUAAACAAUACUUUAUAUGUGGAUUCAUUGUAUCCAGGGAUCAACAGGGCACAUGCAGACACUAUCAAAAAAUGGGCAGAAGAAAAUGGAAAACCAAUUGAAGACGUUAAGUCUUUAGAAACACAACUUUUGGAUCUGGAAGUAUGUAUCGGACAACCUUACAUUUAUCAACACUUAGGGCGAUGCGAACAUCUGUUUAUAUUUAACGAUAUAAGUUUUGCUCAAACCAACGAUUGUUUGGGAAAAAUCAAUUAUCCAAGAAUUGUCUGUACAGCAAAAGAUAGGUUGAAAAAUUGCAUAUACUGCAAUAAAUGCAUGGCCAGCAUUGUUAUGAUCAGUGAAAACAAACGAACCCCUCUCACUGUUAACCAUAUGUGCGAAUCUUGUUUUUUAUCUUAUAACUAUGAUUCUACAGGGAAAAAAAUUGGCGAUUUUAAAGCAUAUAGGGCUAUGAAAUGUAGAAAGUAAACAUUAAUGGUGAACAAACUAAGUUUAACAAUAAUUAACUAUUUUUUUUAAAUUUUAAAUAUAGAACUUAAUCCUAUAUAUUUAUGUCAAUAAUGCGAUUUAGUGGUAUGCUUGUGUCGACCAGCAUCACAAAAUAUUAGCAGCUCGCUUUAUAUAUUUAUUUAUUUAUAACAACCAUUUAGUUUUAAAUGGUAAUUUGAAAAAUAUGUAUUACUUUUAAAAAUAAAUAAUGUACUAGUAUUUCUAAAAUUUAUACUUUUAUGUACUUUUUUUUUACUUACUUUACUUUAUACUUACUAAGAAAAUGACUACGUUAACUUGA